UUUGCACAAGACUUCAGGUUCUGCAACAAGCUCCCGAAUAGAGAACGACAAGCCACACCUAAAACAGGUCAUGCAUCUGUUGCACAACUCUGAGGUGACCACAAGGAUACCAGCUUCAUCAGGUUGUUUAAUCUAAGUUUGUGACCAAAGUCCAGUGGGCCAUGGCAGGACAAUCCUUGACAGACUGGAACACUGGCCUCUUUAGCUGCUGUGAAGACAUCAGUUCUUGCUGCUACGGUUUCUGGUGCUGCCCUUGUCUUGCCUGCACUGUUUCAGGAAUGUUUGGAGAGAAUCGUUGUCUUCCAUUGUGUGACAUAUGUAGUCCCUCAGUGAUGGCAGCCUUUGGGAUACCUCUGUUUGUUCCUCCUGCUGGCCUGUCUCUGAGGGUUGCCAUUCGACACAAAUAUGGUCUCAAGGGCUCUCUCUGUAAAGAUAUCGCCACCGCCUGUGUCUGCGUGUGGUGCUCCUGGUGUCAGAUGCAUCGGGAGUUGAAGUAUUGGAAGAAACCCCCCACUGUCGUCAACAUGCAGCCGGCUGCUAAAAAGUAAAAAAAACAGUUGUGGCCUCAGAAAGAGCUUCAUUGCUGCUGCUUCUUUUAAAAGCUAUUUGAAUGAGCCAAGAUCAAUACACUGUGGCAUUAAAAUGUUUAUUUUCCUUUUGAAUUGUUAAAUCAGAACAUGCUCAAAUCAGUUUUCGAAACUCUCCUGUAAUAAUUAUGAAAAUGUCAUUUCUAGAGAUUUAACAAUUUUCUGUGAUAAAAGCUGAUUAGAUUUCUCUCUUAUUAAGCGAUGUACAGCUUUAAUAAAGAAUCUGAAAACUGAA